AUGCGUGGCGGAUCAGUGAAAGAUGCGCUUAUCGUGGAAGUGCCGGGGAAGGAUCCAGUGAUACCUCGCACCGCUACCAUGGACGACCAGGAGAAGAUUGCUCAGGAAUGCAGCUCACUUGACGAUUGGAGCAUCGGCACUGUGCACGAGAUUCCAGCCAUCUCCAGAUUUAUGAGCCAGUUGGGUGGAUGUACCGAGACUGGGAAGAUCUUUUGGCGUCUGGAAGACAAGCAGGUCGUGUCGCUGAUCAUCGAUGGGUGGUUCCGGGAGUCCACCACUGAGAAUCGCAAUGCUCUUGAGAACAAGAAGAGCAUUCUCAUUGGGUCUCCGGGAAUCGGCAAGUCGACCCUGCUGUGCCUGAUGGCCUUCUACCUCGUGUUCAAGCGCAAGAAGAAUGUGUUUUUGUAUCGGCGGACGUAUGAACAGGGGUUCAACAGGUGUCUCCUAUAUAUGACACACGACGCGGUCCAAGUGGUCUGCUUCUCAGUCCCUUCGUUGGAAGACCCUGAGGCGAGCGAAAUCUAUGAAGCGCUCACCAGUCAAAUCUGCGCCAAGAAUAUCUGGGUCCUGUUGGAUGGGUUUCCUUACGGUGAAAUCCCCGCGGGUUUCGAGCCAUUUGACAUGCUCGCAACAUCGCAGCAAGUGGACCUGAAGUCCCUGGAGGCAGUUGGCUCGUAUUGCUGCCUUUUGCCUAGUUGGUCAAAGACGGAUCUGAUGUCGUUGGGAAGAUUGCUGUACGAGUUUGCGGAGGAUGAAAUGGAGACUAGAUUCUAUUAUUCCGGUGGCAGUGUGCGCGACUUCACGAUGGACACGGUAGACGACAUGCGUCGAGGCGUCGACAACGUUGUUACCAGAUCAGAGAAUACGCAGCUGCUUUUUUCGUCGAGGGGUUCGAUUUUGUCUGGGAACUCACAAUUUGAUCGUCUGCGUCGCACGUUUGUGGAAAACUCGAGUGAAAUCGCUCAGUUCGCCUUGCCACGACAUUGGGAACAAGUCAUUGACUCGGAAUACGCUCUCCGCAGCCUCUCUGAGCCCGGAUGA